CUGGCCAGCGAUUGGUUGGAGGGCAAAAGUUGGCCUGACCAGCUCAACUUGGCCCCAAUCUUGCGCUUCUGCCCACUGACAAGUCUGCCACCGAAAGCUCACUCUGAAGGCAGGAUUCUUCUUCUGCCCGAAGCUGUCAGCACUGGCUGCAUGUCGGUGCGCCUAGCUGGCGGCUACCGUGCCGGCCAGGCUUGUCAACACGUCAGACACGAUCUGUCGCAUCUGCUGCCCAAAUGGCCUUGGCCGAGCCGAGCAUGGCCGGCACACCCGAAGCUGGGUUGA